AUGAAGAGCAGAAAAAAAAAGAAUAGAAAGAAAGAGUCAGAGACGGGAGCGGCGAGCAGGAGAGUGAAUGACCCAGUCAGAAGGCAGAAGGGUGCAGCAACAUCAACACCACCAACGUCACUGAAAUCAAUAAUAAACAUCAGCAUCACCGAAACCAUAAUACUGACGUCAGCAUCACCAAAAUCAUCAACACCAACGUCGGCAUCAUCAAAAUCAUCAACACCAACGUCGGCAUCACCAAAAUCAUCAACACCAACGUCGGCAUCACCAUCAUUAGCAUCACCAGUAACAUUAGCAUCACCAGAAUCAUCAACAUCAGCCCCAACAUCAACACCCGCGCCUUGA